CACUUGCUAAUCGUUAUCUCCAUCUUCUAGUUUUGGCUGCAACUUGUAAAUAAAGCAAAAGAGAACCUCUUCACUCUUGUACGGUCCUCUCUCUCUCUCUCAAUUUCUGCACUGUUCCUCCUCCUGACACACCGUAUCACUCACUUGAUUCUCUCCUCUCUCUCAUGUCUGAAACAACAAAAACAAUAUAAAGAAACCCAACCCUUUUCUACACGCAGAGUCAUAAAGAGAGGAGUAGAAAGAGAGGGAGGGACCAGUGGGUGGCCUAACCAGGUUUUAGUGUUUAUUAAAAGAUGGAGACUGUAAAAGAGAGCGUUUGAUGAACCCAAUAAAGUAGAGAGAAAGCCUUAAAAAAAAAGAAAAGAGAAGAAAAGAAAAAGAAACAAAGAGAUUUGCUAUGUACUACUAAAAUUUUGUGUUGCCAAAAGUUGAUGAAGAUGAACAUAAUUCAAAAGAGAGGGGUCUAUAGCUUAUAACAUAGUUUUGUUUCUUUAGUCUAGCCAUGGCUUUGAAGCUUCUUCUUCUUCUUCUUCUUCUUGUUUGUAUCUUCUCUCUUUCUUUUGUUAGACUCUGUCUGUCCUACGAGCCUCGUAACCAUGAAGUGGAGGCUUUGAUUAGUAUAAGAGAAGCUUUGGAUGAUCCACAUGGUGUGUUAAACAACUGGGAUGAGGAUUCUGUAGACCCCUGCAGUUGGGCUAUGAUCACUUGCUCGCCUGACAACUUAGUUAUUGGCCUUGGUGCUCCAAGUCAAUCUCUCUCUGGAACUCUUUCUGGGACUAUAGGAAAUCUCACUAAUCUUCGCCAAGUGCUGUUGCAGAACAAUAACAUCUCAGGGGAAAUCCCUCCAGAGCUUGGUACACUACCUAAACUUCAGACCUUGGAUCUCUCUAACAACCGGUUCUCUGGUUUUAUACCAGAUUCUCUUGAUCAAUUAAAUAGCCUGCAAUACCUGAGACUGAACAACAACAGCUUGUCUGGGCCUUUUCCUGUGUCCUUAGCUAAAAUCCCACGGCUUGCUUUCUUAGACUUGUCUUACAACAAUCUUAGCGGACCAGUGCCCAAGUUCCCUGCAAGAACAUUUAAUGUUGUGGGCAAUCCAUUGAUUUGUGGAAGUGGCUGCAGUGAAGGUUUAUUUGGAUAUGCCAAUGCUGGUCCUCUUUCAUUUUCUCUCAAUUCAUCAGCUGGCAAACACAAAUCCAAGAAAUUAGCCACUGCUCUUGGUGUUAGUUUCAGCUUUGUCUCUCUCUUGCUCUUAGCACUUGCACUCCUUUGGCUCAGAAAGAAGCAGAGAAGCCUAACAAUUCUUAACAUUAGUGACAAACAAGAUGAAGGGCUACCUAGCCUUGGUAAUCUCAGGAACUUCACCUUCAGAGAGCUUCAAUUUGCUACAGACAACUUCAGCUCGAAGAACAUACUUGGCGCUGGAGGAUUUGGCAAUGUGUACAAGGGAAAGCUGGGAAAUGGGACUAUGGUGGCAGUGAAGAGGCUAAAGGAUGUGACUGGAAAUUCUGGGGAGUCACAGUUUAGGACAGAACUCGAAAUGAUCAGUCUUGCUGUUCACCGGAAUCUGCUCAAGUUGAUCGGAUAUUGUGCCACUCCUAGUGAGCGGCUUUUAGUCUAUCCUUACAUGUCUAAUGGUAGUGUGGCUUCUAGGCUAAGAGGAAAGCCUGCACUGGAUUGGAACACAAGGAAGAGGAUAGCAAUUGGAACUGCAAGGGGUCUUUUAUAUCUACAUGAACAAUGUGAUCCGAAGAUUAUUCAUAGAGACGUGAAGGCUGCUAAUGUGCUUCUCGAUGACUUCUGUGAGGCUGUAGUUGGUGAUUUUGGCCUUGCAAAGCUCCUUGACCAUGCUGAUUCCCAUGUCACCACCGCUGUCCGAGGCACUGUUGGACAUAUUGCGCCGGAGUAUCUCUCCACUGGACAAUCAUCUGAGAAAACUGAUGUUUUUGGAUUUGGCAUUCUGUUGAUAGAGCUCAUAACUGGAAUGAGAGCUCUUGAGUUCGGAAAAACAGUUAAUCAAAAAGGAGCAAUGCUUGAGUGGGUGAAGAAGAUAAAGCAAGAAAAGAAAGUGGAAGAGCUGGUGGACAGAGAGUUGGGCAGGAACUAUGAUCAAAUAGAGGUUGGAGAGAUGCUGCAAGUGGCUCUUUUGUGCACUCAAUACCUCCCAGCGCACCGUCCAAAAAUGUCUGAAGUGGUGCAGAUGCUUGAAGGCGAUGGCCUUGCUGAGAAAUGGGCUGCAUCACAUAAUCAUAGCAAAUCCACCAUGAAUCUAUCUGCAUCAACACAUGAUGAAAUUGGUCAUGACAGAUCCAGCAACCUGUUUGGCAUGGGAACGGAGGAUGAUGAUGAUGAACAUUCUUUGGAUUCCUAUGCAAUGGAACUCUCUGGCCCAAGAUGAAAAAACAAACAAAAAAAAAGAGAAAAGAUAUAGGUGAAUGGUUAUUUAUUUUCCAUCCUUUUCCUUUUGGUUAAUUCUUUGUGAAAUAUAUGAUCUUUAGUAAUUUCCUAGAUUUGUCUUGAAAUUCUAGUGUAAAUAACUAAACAUAUAUCCCUUCUUCAUUUUCUAGCCAUAUUUGAAAUGGCUUCUGUUUCUUUCA